UGUAACAGGAAGUAACAGGAAGUAAGAUUUUCGUCACUUUAGUACAAUAUUUUUACUGAAAUACAAACGUCUUUCUUUUGAAAUGGCUUCUGAAUAUAUAAAUGAAAGUUUUACAGGAAAUGACAGUAUUAUAGAAGAAGGUAUUGUCAAAGAAACGGAUAUAAAAACUAAUGUGUAUGAAUCGCUACAGAAAACUAAGGAUUGCGAGGUAUAUCAGACUUUAGAAAAGAGUAAAACAAAUCAGGAAGUUGGCGCCAAACGAUGUAAAGUUAUUUCAUGGAAGAAAAUAAUAUAUAUGUUUCUCAUUUUCCUGUCGGCAACAGUCAUUGGGACACUUAUUGGGGUCAUCAUUCUUUUCGCUUCUACUACUAAAACAGAUGGGAGCUGGGAAAGCUGGCAGAUGUGGAGUAACUGCAGUGCUGACUGCGGUGGUGGUUUCAGAACAAGGUCAAGGACUUGCUCAAAUCCAUCACCGUCUCCUUUUGGAAGAUAUUGCCAGGGGAACUCCAUUGAUAUCGAUUCGUGUGAAAACAAAACUUGUGAUGUGUGUCAGUCUCGACCAUGUCAUGCCGGUAUCUGCAUAUCAAAAGGGGACACUUUUGAUUGCGUAUGUCUGUCUGGAUAUAGAGGACGAUUCUGCGAAAAUAGUAAGUAUUACUAA